AAAAUUUCUGUUUGUCUUGCCAAAGAGCAUGGAAGAAUAAAGAAGAAAUAGAGUCUAAAUAAUAUUUUUUUUUUGUACGAUCAAGGCCUACAAUUCCAUAAGAUUGCCAUACUUUUUACCAAUUAUGCGCAAAUGAGUCUAGUGAAAUGAAGAGCAAUAAUCACAAUAUCCUAAGCAUAAAUAACAUAUUAUUUUCAUGCCAACCUUCUCACUUCACUAAAAAACAGGAGCGCAUCGUGCAAAUGACUCUGGACAAAGACUUUGACGUGGCCGUGGAGGCGGUCAAACUGGUCAUCUCGAUCUUGCGCUUCCACCGCGACAUGCUCAACGACAAGGACUGCGAGCACGUCUACGAACUCGUGUACUCGUCUCACAGGGCCGUGGCUCAAGCAGCGGGCGAGUUCCUCAACGAGCGUCUCUUCUUGCCCGACGACGAGCUGGACCCGGACCUGCGGACGCGUCGCGGGAAGAAGCGCCUGCCCAACACACCCCUGAUCAGGGAUCUGGUGCAAUUCUUCAUCGAGUCCGAGCUCCACGAACACGGGGCCUACCUCGUGGACUCGCUCAUUGAGUCCAACCCCAUGAUGAAGGACUGGGAGUGCAUGACGGACUUGCUGCUCGAGGAGCCGGGUCCGCAGGAAGACCCGUUGGAGGAUCGGCAGGAAACGAGUUUGAUCGAAAUCAUGGUGUGUUGUAUCCGGCAAGCCGCCACGGGCGAACCUCCAGUGGGUCGGGGUCCCACCCGGAAGCUGCUCUCGGCCAAGGAGUUGAAACAGGUCCAGGAUGACAAGCAGUCGCUGACGGCUCAUUUCAUCCAGACCCUGCCCCCGUUGCUGAAGAAGUACCUCCCGGACCCGGAGAAGAUCGCCAAUCUGCUGGUCAUCCCGCAGUACUUUGACCUGGAGAUCUACACCACGUCGCGACAGGAGAAGAACCUGGAGGCGUUGCUCAUGCUCAUCCAGGAGAUCGUGGACAAGCACUCGGAGAAGAGCGUGCUCGAGGCAUGCGCCAUCACGUUGGACAAGGUGUGCAACGACAAGUUCGCCAUCUUUUCCCGCUGCGAUGUGGCCCGAAGUCGCCUGUUGGACAUGGUGUCCAACAACUACAAGGAGGCCAUCGACGAGUACAUGAAUCUGCUCAUCGGCAAGGAGGAGCCCAAUGAGGACGAGAUGUUCAAGCUGAUCUCGUCCUUCAAGAAAGUGGAGGUGUUCUCCAAUUGCCACAACAUGAACACGUGGGCCAUCUGGGAGAACAUGUUCGACGUGGUGAUCCGCUUCAAGGACGCCUUGGUCGCCCGCGAGGAGAUGAAGAUCCCGUUGGAGGCCAUCAAGUCCGCCGUGUGCUCCUGUUACUACGGUCUGGUGUGGGACCAGAACCAAAUCGAGAACACCACGGAGAGGAACUCCACGGCAGACGACGUCAUGGGUCUGCGGGCCAAAUUGGACCGCUACAUGGAGGUCAUGAAGGAGGUCUUGCUCACGGAUGUCCAAGGGGACAACUCGCUCAAGGAGGAGGCCUUCACGUCGAUCGCGGACCUGCUGAUCUUCUUCAAAGGCCGGGAUGUGUCCAAGAACUCGGUGCUCGCGCCCUUGGCCUUCAAGCCCGACGAGAGUCUCCACCGACAGAUGAACCAGUUCAUCCAGGACCACGUGUUCGUAGAGGACGAGGACGAGGAGCAGGACGAUCACAACAAGAUCAAGGAGCUCCACAAGCGCAGGAAUCUGCUCGCGUCCUAUUGCAAAUUGGUCGUGUACAACGUGUUUCCCACCAAGAGCGCCUCCGACAUCUUCAAGCACUACGUCAUGUUCUACAACGACUACGAAUUUGGCCUUCUUGGAGAUCACGGCCGAGUUCACGAACAAACUACUCAAGCAGGACAAGAAAGUGGUGCUCAAUUAUUUGGACAAACGGAUCACCAACGCGGUGCCCACCAGUCACGGAGAAGAUUGGCAACCUUUGCAUUUGUACCGCAACUCCUUGGUUCACGGUGAGGGUGAUUUGCCCACCAUCACCUCGAAAAGGCCGUACACCCGUAAACGAAAGGCCGACGACGACGACGAAGAGGAGGAAGAGCAGUUCUUUAAUUAUGAUAAAAAUAUUAACAAAAUCUCUGUUACACUUUUUUUUCACCUCUAAAUUUCAAGCCAGUGCGUCAGUAUUCCAUGUGUUGCCCUAAUGUAUUAAAAGCAAGCCGAUCUCAAAAAAAAAAAAUGAGAAGACUUGCAUGUUUUCAGAUGUUUGGAGGUGAUCAUCAAUCCUGAAUAAUUAUAGAUAAUCUUUGUUGGUUUCGAAGUAUGGCACUUGGUUUUUUUCGCACACCCAA